UGAAACAUAAUUAAACGUGUUUAUUAAAAUUUUUUUUUCAUCAUUUUCAUCGGUAUAACGUGUACGUUACUUUAAUUAUAGACUCGCAUAGCUAGGAAAUUAAGUUAACGAAAGUUGUAAAACGAGUAUGCGAGAGUGAAACAGAGAGAGAGAGAGAGAGAGAGAGAGAGAGAGAGAGAGAGAGAAAGAGAGAGAGAUGGUCCACAUUGUGGAAGAUAACGUAGUCCCAUAUCAUAUGGCGAGUCAUAAGUAUCUAAGCUCGAUAAGAAAGCAAGGAUGGCUGGUGUACCUUGAUAAGCAAGUAUAUAAUAAUGAUAAAUCGAGAAGAGCAACGGAUCGUGAAAGUGCCGCGAGUAUCCUCGAGCCCUUCUCCUACGUAAUGUGUAAAAGCUUCUGCGCAAGGACGAGCAUGCUCGAAAGACCGUAUAAAAGCUUGAUCGUGGGUGUUCGGCUUUUCAGUUACCUUUAGAAUGCUCUUACGAAAAGCGAGAUUUAUGUUUCCAAGGAAACGAAUUUUUUUCGGUAUAUUCAAUAAUACAAUUACGUAAAAAAAAAAAAAAAAAAAAAAAAAAAAAAAAAAAAAAAAAGAACAAAAAUAACAAAAAAAACAAACAAACAAACAAACAAAAGACCAAAAAAAAAAGUAAGAGAAAAGAAAAGGGAAAAGAAAAAAAAAUAAUAAUAAGAAUAAAAUAGUGUGAUUGAUUCGAUCGAAGAAUUGGAAAUCAUAAUUUUGAACGAUCGAUCACAACACGUGCCACAUUUACCCAUGCGAUCUUGAAAAUACAAAUUCGUGAAUUUUCUUGGCCAAAAAAGGAACUAAAUAAAAAAUAAGCUCUACGACAUCAUCCAUGAGUCAGAAUGACAUUGGAAAACUUGAAGAGAUCUCGCAUGAUCAUCGUGACAGUAGUGUAUGUUAGUCUCUUCUUAGACAACGUGCUUCUAACGGUGGUCGUGCCGAUCAUCCCAGACUAUCUUUGUUCCCUCGAUGGAAAAAAUAGUACCAGCGCUAUCGAAGAUGAGAAUGGUAAAGUUGGUUUCCUUCUUAGUUCGAAGGCUUUCGUUCAAUUGAUUCUUAAUCCAGCUGUUGGAAGUUUCACCGGUGCUUUUGGAUACGCAAGACCUUUGUUUCUGGGAAAUCUUUGUCUCUUACUGGUUGCACUGUUAUUUGCAUUUGGACAAACAUAUGAAAUACUUUUCCUGGCGAGAAGCAUUCAAGGGAUAUCAUCGGCUUGCAUUGGUGUAUCCGGGAUGUCAUUGGUAGCCUCACAAUAUCCUGAAGAAGAUCAAAGAUCAAAGAUCAUGGGAUUCGUUCUUGGAAGUAUCGCCUUGGGUGUUCUUCUUGGAUAUCCGAUAGGUUCUAUUCUUUAUGAUUUGGAAGGAAAGAUGGCACCAUUUUUGCUGGUCUCCUGCCUCAUCGUCAUUUUGAUAUGUUUGCAGAUAUCAACACUCGACAUUCAGACUGACACAGAGUCGUCCAACAAUGAAACAAACUGGAGACAACUAUUAUCAGAUCCAUUUGUUAUUAUAAUUGCUGGUGCAAUUUGGUGUUCGACUUCACCAAUGGCUAUAUUGGAACCAUGUUUACCAAUUUGGCUUCGUACCCAUAUAAAACCUAAGAAAUGGCAGCUGGGAACAGUCUUCAUACCGGAUAGCGUUGGAUAUUUAAUAGGCACAAACUUUUUUGGUAUGAUGGCCUACCGUUAUGGACGCAGUAGAGUCGCCAUCUUGGCCAUGCUACUGGUUGGCAUCAGCGCCAUUUUGAUACCAUCGGCAAUGACCAUGUCGCAAUUGAUAUUUCCACAUUUUGGAAUGGGUUUGGGCAUUGGUAUAGCUGAUGCUGCUUUGGUACCAUUGUUGGCUAAUUUAGUUGAUCAAAAUGGCAAUUACGGCCCCGUUUACUCGAUUCAACAGGUCGCUGUAAGCCUUGCUUAUUUUCUAGGACCAAUCACAGGCGGAGAAUUGGUAAGGGAAAUUGGAUUUCGAUGGGUCAUGAGGAUCGUAGGUGUGGCAAAUAUAAUCUAUUGUCCGAUACUUCUAUUUCUUGCUCUAAGAGAAAAAGAAUCUCUAUCGAAGGAGGAUAAAGAAAAGGAUUACGACACUUUCCAUAAAGGUCUGAUGAAAUACGAAAAGUUUCAAAACUUGGACGACGAUCUUUGAUGAGAAAGUCAAGUUUAUUUGAACUCAUUGGAAAAUUCACAUUUAUCAUCGAACAGACGAAGUUCUUCUUAAGAAAAAAAAAAAAAAAAAAAAAAAAAGAAAGAAAAAGGAAAACGAGAAGAAAAAUAGAAAGAAAAAACAAAUCAUCUCUUAAAUUCUCAACAAGAAAUUUCUAUUGAAAUUACAGGACAUUGCAAUUUAUUAUCAACGAUCUCUAUAAUAUUAGAAAGUGUAUUGUUUUUAAGUAAUACAACUGACUAUGAAAUCUA